AUGCGCCCGUCUUCAGCAGCGCAGCAUGUCUACUGUCUAGGUAGACAAAGUAGACAAUGGACAUACUUAGCUCAUACCCGUUCAGAGUAUAUUCACCUGCCCUACCCUAACAAGGUUCCGCCGCGCACCGUUGAAGCCAGGCCCAUGUCUCUUCCGCAAGCGAACAAGACUUCAGACCCGGUUAAGCGCAAGGGCCGGCAGCUAAUCUCAACUGGACCACGGCUGAGAUUCUCUUCCACUGCGGCGGACGCGCGCCGCCGCCCCCGACUGUCCUUUUCCCCAUGUUGCCUUUGCGAUAUCCGAUAUCCUCGGCCUCAUUCUCCAUCUCCAUACCACCGCCAGAGAGCGCCAGCUCGUCCUUUCCUUUGCGCCUGCCUGCACGCCCCUCCCCCACAUCUACAUAUAGGCACGUCGCCCCCACACUACACACAUCGCGACACACGCCUCGCCAACACCCGCUUUCGUUGCCACCAGAAAUCCCCCGAUCGCACCGCAAGGAAUGGGAUACCAGCAAACGCCCGUCGCAUCACGACCACGUCGUCUACCACGUCGCUCAGUCUGGCAAUAGCGCCUGCUCUCCUGCAGCCGACUGAUUUCCAUCCACGCCUGCGCAUUUCACCCCAUCCUCCUCGAGCCUCGGCGCUCCCCCUUCCCUCCUUCCCCUCUGCCCCUCGUCCACUGAUCAAACACUACUAUAUUCACGCCGGUGCUUUGGGGAGCCCGAGUCAUGGUCAAGAUGCGGAUACCCAUUCGCGAGCAACUGGGCUGUUUGGUCCUGCUGGCGUCUAUGAUCGGCCUGGCCGUCAUAGCCAUUGCCACUUGGGUAUGCACAUAGCUAUCACAAACCACGACUUUGUUCUUGGCAUACGAGCCACGCGUCUGACCUUGACAGCUUCGCUGAAAGCGGCUCAGCUAUCAUCCAAUCUGGCCCUCAUGCAAAUCCUCGUUCAACAGGCUGCCAACCGUCUGGCCCCACAAUCCGCCCUCCAACGCUACUAUCGCGGCAAUGACUCAGAAAGCAACUGGCAGCGGACCGCGGAGGACUACGAUGCCAUCUUCUCUGGAGACGCCAAGGCUCGUGGCGCCAUACAAGCACGGAUAUACGCCUUCAACUCGUCUUCGCGGGUGCUCUUCAGUCGGACCGCUAAUACCGUUGCGAAUGUUGUUCUUCCCUUCAAGGGUCCAGACGGACAAAACGUAACGCUAGGCAGUCCCGAGGGUUUCAUUCCCGAACUUUAUCCUGCCUUCACCGUGGAGCCGAUACGCUUCAACUCGACCUUCGAUACACUCAAAGCCCACUACGAGGGACGAACAAUCGACAACACAAGCUAUCUUUUUUCUGGGCCGUACCGCGUUAAUGAGUACCUAAGCCUUGUCUCAGUGACUCUGCCGAUCAUCAACAAUACUUCGAAUAUCGAGACAUUGGGCUGGCUGACCACAGUACUGGAUGCUUCGCUCAUUACCAACGUGAUCAAUGCACUCGAAGGCCUGGAUGACAGUGGCCUCACUCUAUUGUUUGGCCCGAACAAUGCUACGAACAUUUUGCCCCCAAACUACCUCUACGACGCCGCGGAUCCCAAUCCUCCUGAAGAUUUCGAGGUGCGAUUCCUUGUGCCGCCCACUCCCAGACAAGCGAUCAAACGGCACGGUGCUGCGGACACGGCACUAGACCCCCCACCGUUCAGCUGGAGCAAGUUCCCCGCUAUUCGCAAAGGCUACUCGGAGCCCACGGGUGCCACAAAUAAUGCAGGCAGCAUCAUCUCGACGAAGAAUGAAGAUGGGGAUAAUGUUGCUGUUGGCUAUGCUGUCGUCAACAGUCCCAUGGUGGAUUGGAUGAUCAUUGUGGAACAGGGCCAUGGUGAGGUCUGGGCUCCCAUCUACCGUCUCCGCAACCUCAUCAUCGCCUGUGUCUUUGGCACCAUGGGUGCUAUGAUUAUCCUCGCCUUUCCUGUUGCCCAUUACUCUAGUCGUCCAAUCAGACGACUUCGAGAUGCCACCAAGCGGACCGUCGCACCCCAUCUUUUCGACAAUGAUAGCAUCAGCUCGCAAAACGACGGCGCUAAUGACUCGGAAGAUGGCGCCCUUGCGCGGAAGGAAGGCUUCUUUGGAUCCAUCAUUCACUAUCGUAGAAAUCAAAAGGUCAACAAGGCGGAGAAGCGGGACGCUGAGCGGAGAAAACAGUUUCGCAUUCCUAGUAAAGUAAAGGACCGCAAGCACCUCAUCCACGACGAGCUCACGGAUUUGACCAAAACUUUCAAUGAGAUGACGGACGAACUCAUGAUGCAGUAUGAACGGCUUGAAGAAAGAGUAGCGCAAAGAACGGCGGAGUUGGAACAGAGCAAACAGGCGGCUGAAGCUGCUAAUGAGAGCAAAACUUUGUUCAUCGCCAACAUCUCCCACGAGUUGAAAACGCCUCUCAACGGCAUUCUGGGCAUGUGCGCUGUUUGCAUGUCAGAAGAUGAUCCGAUUAAACUGAGGCGAUCUUUGGGCAUCAUCUAUAAGAGUGGGGAUUUGUUACUGAACCUGCUGACAGACUUGCUCACUUUCAGCAAGAACCAGGUUGGCCAACAGUUGAGUCUUGAUGAGAAAGAGUUCCGAUUGAGAGACAUUAGCUCACAAGUCCUCGCUAUUUUCGAUAAGCAGGCCAAAGAUGGUGGUAUCUCAAUGGCUGUGAAAUUUGAAGGGCCCUACGAGUGCAAUCUGGACGAGAAUGGCCGACCAAGUGGGGCCGGGGAUCUGGGCCCAUUUGGGCUUGGCCGCUUGAAGGAUAUGGUGCUAUAUGGAGACCAACACCGGAUACUUCAAGUCGUGAUCAACUUGGUAUCGAACAGUCUCAAGUUCACUCCAGCAGGCGGCGCAGUCACGCUCACCAUCCGGUGUUCUGGCGAGGCGCACAUGUCGGAUAGUCGAAAAGCUUCGCUGCAGUCGCGCAAUAGCUCUAUGCGAAAUUCGAAAAAUCGUAUACGGGCGUCUGCUUCAGAAGUCGGAUCUGUAUCAAGAUCCAUCUCGAUGACCACCCCAACCCACUACGAGACCGCCAAUGUCAUCAAUGCCCACGAUAAGCCAACGGCAUAUUCACAGUACAUGGCACAGGAGAGAGCAGCAACACCACCUCCGGGACGAUGGCUAUCGUUCGAGUUCGAAGUCGAAGACACUGGUCCAGGCAUCCCUGAGAAUAUCCAUGCCAAGAUCUUUGAGCCUUUUGUUCAAGGUGAUUUGGGUCUCAGCAAGAAAUUUGGGGGCACAGGUCUGGGUCUGAGUAUCUGCUCUCAACUAGCUGGUUUGAUGAAGGGUACAAUCGGGCUGAAGAGCGAAGUCGGCCAUGGCAGUGUAUUCACAAUGGUGAUUCCAUUGAAGCACCUCACAAGUAGAGCAGACAGUACAGCCAGCUCGCGAAACGUCAAUCUGGACACUGCAACGCCACGCCACAGUCUAUCAAACGAUGAGUCACGGGGCCGUGCUGAUGAAGCACUCUCAGUCCGUUCCGUGCAUUCUGCUACGAGCGGGCCUACCUGUAACACGGCAACAGGCGGCGGUCCAGUGCCUUUCGAUGCAGACCACCAGCCUCGCCUUGUUGGGCUGAGUCAACCAUUCUUCGCCUCGAAUGCCCCUCUUCAAUCGCCAGGCUCACAGGCAGCGGCUAUGCAGCGUGUAGAAGCGGAAGCCACUAAACGUGGCGACAAAGUAAAAGUCCUCGUGGCUGAAGAUAACAAAACCAACCAGGAAGUCGUCUUGCGAAUGCUGAAGCUAGAAGACGUGUACGAUGUAACUGUAGCCAAGGACGGCCAGGAGGCACUAGAUAAAGUGCGGGAGAGCAUGGAGCGACAAUGCCCUUAUAACCUCAUCUUUAUGGAUGUGCAGAUGCCCAACCUCGAUGGCCUGCAGUCCACACGAUUGAUCCGACAAUCCGGCUUCUCCGCCCCCAUUGUAGCACUCACGGCGUAUGCGGAGGAGAGUAACGUCAAAGAAUGUCUAGACUCGGGCAUGGACUUUUUCCUCUCCAAACCCAUCCGCCGUCCUGCCCUCAAGCACGUGCUCAAAACAUACUGUCCCACCAUUCUUGAAGAAGACGCAGAAGCCACGUCUCCAGCGGGCCAAUCCGCGCCUGCUCCUGCGUCGAAUGCGAAAUCAGCAAAAUCAACGAAACCACAGGCUACGAUGACUACACAGACAGUGGCACCCUUUACCAUGGUAGCGAGAGAUCGCGAGUCUAGGCGGCCAGAUGAUUCCCCUGCCAUUUCGCCUGCUACUUCUCCAUUGUCGUAA